AUGCCCAUUGACAGCAGAAGUGAACUUGCCUCCGCCCCGUCUUGGCUUUCAUGCAUGCAGGAACUCCAAGCUUUUCUUCUGUCGGAACAGGGAUUGAUCCAACCUGCCUCCUUUUCUAGCAUUUCCGCCAAUCAACUGCGUAACGAUCGCCGACAGGAAGCCACCGAGGAUCCUUUGCCCAAACGCCAUUGGCUUUGCCAGCACAACCCGAUAGCGAUCAGGGAAAUUGACGAGAAGCGCAAGCAAGUAACAGUCGGAGGAUGA